UACAAAAUAAGCCGUCCUGCUGGCUUGCUGCCUUCACUGCUGUUUGAGAAGAAAGAUGGACAGGUUUCAGGACAGUGAGGACUGCUGUGGCCAGCAGAAUCCAGACUGCACUGAGGGCACCCAGGAUUUGGACUCCAUCAGUAGUCCGGGCUCAGGCGAUGGCAUAGGGCAGAAGGGGGAGGAACUGCCCGCUUCUCAAAAGCCCCCCUAUUCAUACGUUGCCCUUAUCGCAAUGGCUAUCAAGGAGAGCCAGGAGAAGAGGCUGACACUCAGUGGGAUUUAUCAGUUCAUCAUCACCAAGUUCCCCUAUUACGAGAAAAAUAAAAAGGGGUGGCAAAACAGUAUCCGGCACAACUUGAGUCUGAACGAAUGCUUCGUUAAGGUACCCAGGGAAGGUGGUGGGGAGAGGAAAGGAAAUUUUUGGUGUUUGGAUCCUGCUUUUGAUGAUAUGUUCGAUAAAGGGAAUUACAGACGCCGGAGACGAGUUAAGAGGCUGUACAAAUCUCCGUCUGUUCCGUUCUUGCCGGGGAAGCCGUAUCUCAACUACCCCGAUGGCUACUACUUGCACCAGAAUCCUAAGUACUUGCAGACGCCCUUCGUCGGCAGCUCAUGGUCUCUUCCCCAGGCCACUCCCUUGGGCCAAUCCACAUCUGUGAACUACCAGCACUUACAGUCCGCCAGCGGAGACACCAGUCCGGCGUCCUCAGAUGGGUUUGCCAAUUCUUCAGUGAACUGUUACCACAGCCAUCUACACUCGUCAUACGGUUCUUACUACCGGCACCCGAAUGUCCUCGUGUCUCACAACAGUAGCCCGUACACAGGCAUCAACCAGUCAAUCAGUCCAGGCGCAGGGUCCGCUGGUACCUAUCACCAAGUAUCGUGUGCGUGGCAGCCAGACAUGUCGAUAAUGCAUUACUAGUUGGACUUGAAUUUUUGAGUUAUUUUGUGGUGAAUAUGCACUCGGUUCUAUGUGUAUUUUGUGUUAACUGUUCUUUUGCGUUCAUGUCAUAACUGGCUUUCACAGAGCAGAGGAGGAACUGCCUUGCACAAAUUGCGAUGAAGUUUAACAUUGCAUUCACUAGUUUACAUUAGUUUUCUCCGGAACUUGAUUCGCAUUAAGGACCGACUUCUAUUGUUCAGCAAAUAGUUUCUCAAUUGGCUGCGACAUGCAUUUAAUUACUUUAAAAUGUGUUUAAAAUGUUAUUGUGAUUCGUAGCUAAAUCUGUUUUACAGAACGCCAUACAACGUUGUUGCAUCGUUUCCCGUCGAUUUCGAACUUUAUUUUAUUUAUUUGACUUCAGUGUAACGGCUACAUGGUUUGUUUUAUUAAUUGUAGCAGACAGUCAAAUAGUCGUAAAGUUGGCAAUUGUGUCGAGUUUUCUUUUUUAGAACCAAAAGGUCUAAAGAUUUCUUAUAUUUUUAAUAAAAUAAAAUAAAAUCAAGGUUUAUGCGCUACUGAGGUCUGCGAAUCUUACCGCGUGGUAGCCUGUCUUGUGAGAUUGAGAUUGCAACGGUGACAGUUUUCUUUGUUUGUACAGGUUUAGUUGUCUUGGCAUUUGUAGGCGAUUAUAAUUGA